AUGGUUGACGAUGUUGUCGUUGUGGUGGAUCCCGUAGUAGAUGUUGUUGUUGGUGGGAUGUCAUCACUUGUGGUCGAGGUUGUAGAAGAUAUAGUUGACGAUGAUGUAGAUGUGGAUGUGGAUGUCGUGGAACUUGUACUACCUGUUGUAGAUGAUCCAGUUGUUGCUGACCUUGUUGUUGCUCGACCAGUUGUUGAACUACUACCAGUGAUUGUGGUGCCCUUGGUAGUUGAUGAGCCCUUGGUAGUUGAUGAACCUUUGGUAGUUGCAGGCACCCCAGUUGUAGUGGAUGUGCUUCCCUUUCCUGUGGUGGACGACGAAGUUGUUGUGGUCUUUCCAGUUGUUGUGGAGGGUUUGGAAGUGGUGCUCGAUGCACUGGUUGUAGUAGGUCUUGAGGUUUGCGGAAGUUCCGGACAGUGGAUCAAUUGUAAUAUUCGUGGAAGGGUCUCCAGGCUUAGGACCCAGAUACACACAUCUUGA